CGUGAGGCUAAGGAUCACCCACUGUGUGGAAACCGAUAGAGAUUUGGCCGUUUGGGUGAGACAUGAGCGGUGGGGUGUACGGUGGAGAUGAGGUGGGGGCUUUGGUGUUUGACAUUGGCUCGUUCUCCAUUAGAGCAGGUUAUGCUGGAGAAGACUGCCCGAAGGGUUUCAUUAACGCCUGCCACCUGCAGGCAGACUUCCCCACCUCCUUAGGAGCGCAUGUAGAGGAGGAAGGGCCGGCAGAGAUGGGGUCAGAACAAGAAAAUACCAGUGGGCGGAGCUUCUACCUGGACACCACUGCACUUCAUGUACCACGCGCUGGAGUAGAGCUGAUAUCACCACUAAAGAACGGAAUGAUUGAGGAGUGGGAGGGGUUCCAGGCCAUAAUGGAUCAUGUUUACAGCAAACACAUCAAAUCAGAACCCAGCCUGCAUCCUGUGCUCAUGUCUGAGGCCCCGUGGAACUCGCGUGCUAACAGAGAGAAGCUGACUGAACUGAUGUUUGAGCAUUACAACAUUCCUGCCUUCUUUCUGUGCAAGACUGCAGUCCUCACAGCCUUUGCAAAUGGGCGUGCUACUGGGCUGGUAUUGGACAGCGGGGCAACACACACAACUGCAAUCCCAGUGCAUGAUGGGUAUGUACUGCAGCAAGGUAUAGUGAAAUCUCCACUGGCUGGGGACUUCAUCACAAUGCAGUGCAGAGAGAUGUUCCAGGAGAUGAACAUCGAGAUCAUCCCUCCCUACAUGAUCGCCUCUAAGGAAGCUGUGAGAGAGGGUGCUUCUCCCAUCUGGACAAAGAAAGACAAGAUUCCUCCUGUCACCAAGUCCUGGCACACAUAUAUGUGCAAUGAGGUCAUUCAGGAUUUUCAGGCUUCAGUGCUUCAAGUGUCUGACUCACCCUAUGAUGAGCAGGUAGCAGCGCAGAUGCCCACUCUACACUAUGAGAUGCCCAGUGGCUACAAUGGGGACUAUGGAGCAGAGAGACUGCGUAUCCCUGAAGGCCUGUUUGACCCCUCCAAUGUCAAGGGUUUGUCUGGGAACACCAUGCUGGGAGUUGGUCAUGUGGUCACGACCAGCAUCGGAAUGUGUGACAUUGACAUCAGACCUGGUUUGUAUGGAAGUGUCAUUGUAACAGGUGGAAACACUUUGCUACAAGGAUUCACUGAAAGACUCAACAGAGAGCUUUCACAAAAAGCACCACCGAGUAUGAGAUUAAAGCUGAUAGCCAGUAGCAGCUCCAUGGAGCGGCGGUUCAGUCCGUGGAUUGGAGGAUCCAUCCUAGCAUCUCUGGGGACCUUUCAGCAAAUGUGGAUUUCAAAACAAGAAUAUGAUGAGGGAGGAAAACAGAGUGUGGAGAGAAAAUGUCCCUGAAAUACACCCCCCACCCCCACACACACUCAUUCACUCACACACACAAACCUGAGUCUCAGACUGUUUGAUGUUGAUGUGAGCAAUGUUUUUUGAAGUCCAAUAAAUCUGAUCUCAGAUCAGUGAUCAUUCUA